GGGGGUACUUGGCUGAAAAAAUAUUUCACAGGGGGUACAUCACUGAAAAAAGGUUGAGAACCACUGGCUUACACUGUGGUAGGUAUAGAGAAAGAACUUCAAAUGCAAUGUACUCCGGGUUUUGUAAUAGGCUAUGCUUUUCGCGAGAGACCUUGAGGAAAAUUAUAAUGACACAGCCACUUGCAUGUUUUGCCAAAAUGUUUCGACUGGCAACAAAACAAUUUCGUGAAACAAUUAUCUCCCUAACAAGCAUGGGAACAUUCAUACACCACGUGUUUAUGCUGUUCAGUGCAAAAACUUGUAAUACCUGCAACGAAAUUCGGAGGAAAUUUUAGCCCCUGUCACUUUAAGCCGGUGCGGAAGUAGCCAACUUCUUCCAGCCUACACCAAGCUCAGAACCAUUUCUGAAAGGAGGUCAUAUGUAAGCUAUUCAUUGAGGCAGCUAAAACCUUGCGUUCGACUACUGAAUGGAAUUAAUGACUAAGAUAUUGUUUACAGUAUUACAUGUAAUGAUCACUGAUUCAAUCCCAGCGCUACUUUUAACUGACAGGUGGUAAGCUAUUUUGGACUUUAAAGAACAAUAUUAGCGAAACGUUUCCUCAACCACGUUUCUCAAUGGCAGCGUCUAACGCUAAAUGUACUAGGUUAACUGGAUCUCUGGUCAAGCAGUUGCUUGAUUCAGUAGACAGUGUACUGUUUGACUGCGACGGGGUUAUAUGGCGAGGAGACCAGGCCAUCCCUGGUGCCCCUGAUGUAAUUAACUUGUUAAAGAAAAACGGGAAGCGUGUGUUCUUUGUAACAAAUAAUAGCACUAAGACCAGGAAAAUGUAUGCAGACAAAUUAGCUACGUUAGGAUUCAGUGCAUCAGAGGAGGAGGUAUUUGGGACAGCCUACUGUUCUGCAAUGUACCUCAAAUCAGUGGCAAAAAUACAAGGCAAAGUGUACCUCGUUGGAAGCAAUGCUAUGAAACAAGAGAUUGAGAACGUUGGGAUCCAGACCACAGGUGUUGGUCCUGACCCGAUUUCUGGUGUUCAGAUUGACUGGGCCAAUGUGUCAUUGGACCCUGAGGUCAAAGCGGUGGUUGUUGGGUUUGAUCAACACUUCAGCUACAUGAAACUGAACAGAGCUCUCCAGUACCUCUGCAAUCCCAGCUGCCUCUUUGUCGGCACAAACACUGAUACAAGGCUUCCACUGGAGGGGGGGAAAGCUGUUCCAGGAACCGGCUGCCUUGUCAAAGCCGUGGAGACGGCAGCCCAACGUCCAGCCCAGGUGGUGGGCAAGCCCAGCAACUUCAUGUUUGACUGCGUGGCGAAACAGUUCGGCCUGGACCCAGCACGUGCCCUCAUGGUGGGCGACCGACUGGACACGGACAUCAUGCUGGGCACCAACUGUGGGCUGAAGACCCUGCUGACCCUCACCGGGGUGUCCACCGUAGCCGACGCCGAGGACCACCUGAAAAGUGGGUGCCCCAACCGUGCCGGCAUGGUACCUGAUUACUACAUUGACACCAUAGCAGAGCUGCUGCCAGCACUACAGGGGUGAAGGACCAAAAGAGAAUCUAUAUAUACGUCCACUCAGCUUGGGGAGAUUAUGGGGAUAGCCAGAGGGAUGUGGAUAUGGCGAGUCCAGGGUAAGAAAUUAGUGUAUAAUUGGGCCGCAAUGGUUAACAUGCAUGUUAGUUUAAUUCCUAGAUAUGUCCAGUAUUGGCGGACAGGAUCUGAGCAAGCAAAGAGAGUUCUGAUUAGGAGACUGAUGGAUGUGCAAUGCCUGUAUAGUUUACAUCCAUUUCCCUAUCAUCUCCCAUACUGAGUAAUCAGACUAAUUUAGAGUGAUUUGUGUAGUUUUAAAAGAGAAAUGUGACUGAAUGAACAGUUUGUUUUAAUUCUCCUGUAUGUUAAAGUACAGUAUAUGUUAUUGAUGUUUAAAGGUGUAUGGAGUUGUGUAAAGAAAAAAAUAUAAUUUUUUAUGAGUUUCAAAAAGAUCUGUAUAACUGUAUAAUGGUAUUGCAAUCCACUCUAAUAUGCAUUAUAUAAUUAUGGUUGCCAUUACAGCAAAUAAUGGCUUUUCCAGACAGGGAAAACUGUUUAUCUGUGUCUCAGUACUAUUCCUUAACUGUUUCCAAAUGAACAUGAGAGGUUCUAGGCUCUGUUGAUCACUUGUGCUUAAGUAUUGAUAUCACACUGAAGAUGCAAGAAAAAAACAAAUCAUGGACUGCAGACCCCACUGGUAUUAGCCUAACAAUUUUCUUCCUGUACGUUACACUGUGUGUAUCUGGACUCAAGUCUUAAAAUGAUCAAAAUAAAAUGAGGAUAUUUUAGCCAUAAAA